UUGAAAAACUGGUCCGAAUGUAACCUCUUUAUCGUUUUAUUUCUUUCUUACUGGUACUAGUUCCUUUUUCGCAUGACAAUGGUUCCAUUUGGGAUCUUUGUUUGGUCUCUUCUUUUUGUUCUCUCUUCUGCUCAGAUGACUACAAACACAAUCACCUUGGGUUCCAGCAUAACUGCUGGGACUAAUUCUUCAUGGCUAUCACCCUUUGGUGAUUUUGCUUUCGGCUUCUACCCUCUGCUUAGUGGUCUUUUUCUUGUUGGUAUUUGGUUUGAUAAAAUCCCAGAAAGAACGCUAGCUUGGUCAGCCAACCGUGACGAUCCAGCUAAAAUUGGAUCAACCAUUCAUCUGAGGCCUAAUGGCCAACUUGUGCUCACACACUCAAAUGGAACCGAAUACCUAGUAUACAAUGGCACAUCCACUAUUUCUGCUUUGAUGCAAGACGAUGGCAAUUUUGUCUUGCUAGACUCUUCUUCAAAAAUCAUCUGGCAGAGCUUUGAUUUUCCUACAGACACCAUUUUAUUAGGCCAAGUCCUGGUUAUGGGCCAGAAGCUCUACUCUAAUGCAAAUGGAACAGUGGAUUACUCGACGGGGAGGUACAUGUUGGAGGUUCAGAUGGAUGGCAAUGUUGUUAUGUCUGCCUAUAGGUUUGCUGAUCCUGGUUACUGGUUCAGCUUAACUGCUGGAAACCAAAAUGUGAGCUUGAUUUUCAACCAGAGUACUGCUCUUUUAUAUGUUGUAAAUCGUACUUCAAUCAUACCCACAAUGACACAAAAAGUGCCUACUCCGAUUGAAGAUUACUACCACCGAGUGACGAUCAAUGACUACGGAAAUCUCCAACAGCUUGUUUACCACAAAGAAAAUGGCAACAAAUGGACAGUUGUGUGGGAGCCAGAUUUCAUUGCUGCUCAGCCUUGCACGGUGUAUAAUAUUUGUGGGGUGUAUGGCUUCUGCACUUCACCUGAUAAUAAAACUGUCAACUGUGAUUGCUUGCCUGGCUACUCACCAUGGGAUCCUAAUGUUCCCUCAAAAGGUUGCUACCCUAAUGUGGUGAUGGACUUUUGUGCUCCUAAUUCUUCGACUUCAGAUUUCACUAUCGAAGUGAUUGAUAAUGCUGAUUUCCCAAAUGGGGAAUUUGCUGAUAUGGCAAGGACUGCUCCAGCAGAUGUUGAUCAAUGCAAGAGUGAAAUCACGGCUGAUUGUUUUGCCAUGGCAGCUGUUUUGGUCGAAUCUGUGUGUUACAAGAAGAGAAUGCCUUUGUUGAAUGCUAGAAUAAGCUUCCCUUCUACAAGUAAUAUAGUGGCAUUUCUUAAAGUUCCGAAGGUAAAUAACACGAACGAAAUUCAAGACAAUAACAGGCGUAAAUCUCCAUCCAGGGCUGUUCUGUUAGCAGGACUUCUGUUGUGCUCGAUAAUGGCUUUGCUCUUUGCAGCCAUUGCCAUUUACCAUCACCCUCUAGCUCAGCCUUUUAUAUGUAACAAGCAGGUUCCAAGUCCAAAGCCUGUGGAAAUAAAUUUGAAGGCAUUUUCCUACCAGGAGUUGCGCCAAGCAACAAAUGGUUUCAGAAACAAACUUGGGAAAGGUGCUUUUGGUACUGUCUACAGUGGGAUGUUAAAUAUAGAGGGUAAAGAGGUUGAGAUUGCUGUGAAGCAGCUUGAGAAGAUCAUUGAACAAGGCGAAAAGGAAUUCCUGACAGAAGUCCAAGUAAUUGGUCUAACUCAUCACAGGAAUCUUGUUAGGCUGUUGGGUUUCUGUAAUGAGCAGAAUCAUCGACUUUUGGUUUAUGAGCUAAUGAUGAAUGGGACUUUGUCCAAUUUUCUGUUUGGUGAAGAGACAAAACCCAGUUGGGAUAAAAGAGCAGAAAUAGUACUUGGAAUUGCAAGAGGCUUGUUAUAUUUGCAUGAAGAGUGUGAAACGCAGAUCAUCCAUUGCGACAUAAAGCCACAGAAUGUUCUUCUUGACAACAAUUAUACAGCCAAGAUAGCAGAUUUUGGCCUGGCAAAGCUCCUGAUGAAGGACCAGACUCGAACGAGUACCAAUGUUAGAGGAACCAUGGGAUAUAUGGCCCCUGAAUGGCUCAAGAAUGCUCCUGUGACGACUAAAGUUGAUGUCUACAGCUUUGGUGUGAUGCUACUUGAGACUAUUUUUUGCAGAAGGCACUUAGAGUUGCAUCAAGUUGAUGAAGCAAGAGAAGGAGAUGACAUGAUUCUAACUGAUUGGGUUCUGUGUUCGGUGAGAACCGAUAACCUAAAAGCCAUUGUCAGCCAUGAUCCUGAUGUUUUACAGGAUUUUAAUAGGUUCGAGAGAAUGGUGAUGGCAGGAUUAUGGUGCAUAUGUCCCAACCCAACUCUCAGACCAUCACUGAAAAAGGUUAUGCAAAUGUUGGAAGGAACAAUUGAAGUUGGUACUCCUCCUUUGAUUGAUGCACAAAUGUUUUAAGAUCAUUGCUAUUGUCUUCGUUUCAUGCGUUUAGGAAAUUGUAAACAGGGCUAUUUGUGGGGAAGUUAGCACGGGAAGAAAACAUAGUUAUAUCUUUCUAAUUUUAACUUUUUUUUGUAAUUUAAUUAUGUUGGCAGAUAUGCAUUUCAUUAGUUAAAUCUUCAUAUACUGGAUUAAAGUCUUGCAAUUCAGCAGUCUUGAAAAUUAUCCAAGUUCCUUUGGUUUUU